AUGUAUGCCUUCGAAAAAAAAGAAGAAACCUAUUUCACCAAAGCUAUCUAUGCAUACGGGAUAAACAGGAACAUAAAGAAUCCAUUUUAUUUUCUAGAGGAUAAUUGCUUUUUCUACUGCAUAGGAACCAAUGGAGUCAUCCACUCACUUUCAGAAAAAAAACAAAAGUUUCUACUUAGCGAUGAAAGCAGUUACGGGAUUGUAUGUCUGGGGAUAAGCAAUGAUAGAAAGCUCCUAGUGUUAGGGGAGAGGUCCAUUAGGAAACCUUUCCUCUCCAUAUACACCAAGAAUUCUAAACUGGUCAAACGGUUAACCUUAGAAAUUGCAGACAAUGAGUGCAAAAUUAUGAACGUUUCAUUUUCAUCAAAAAAUAAAUAUGUGUAUUGCUUAACGAAUGGAAGUACCAAGAGCCUUUUCUUCUGCUACGACUGGCUACAGGAAAAGUUAAUGUUUUGCAAGAUUUUUUCUCCCUCCCUUUUUUCCGAUUAUUGUGAAAUUUGCCUGAAUACUCAAAAUUCGUCCUACAUUGCACUGCUCUCGGUGAGCGCUGUGAACAAUAGUGGUGUUGGCCAAGUGACUGCAAAUUUGACGGAAAAUUCAACUGCCAAUGGGGUUGGACAUUCAACUACCGGCGGAACUGUCAAUGGAACUAUCGAUUACGCCACCCGUGGAGAGAGCCAUAAGAAUACUAUCCAGGAGAGUAGCCAUAUCGAGGAAGGACAAAAGGCGGAGGGGGAAACGCCCCCAAUGGGGACACCCACCCUGCGACACGUAUUCCUGUACCACAACGUCGAAAGAAACUUAGUAGAAAUAAAAAUAAAAAAUAAAAAACUCGAUAAAAUCGAUCGUAAUUUCACCAACUGUUGUUGGCUAAGUGAUGGCGUUCUACUGCUAACGAACAAAAAUAAUCACCUCAUAUUUUACGAUGUUAAGAAGGAGAAAGUGAAAAUAUGCAACAAGCAUUUGAGUAGGCUGGAGGUUGUAAAGGUAGCUUGUCUUUCGAGGGGUUUUCUCCUCUUCGAUUAUGAGAGUGUGCAUAUUUAUGAGAGAUCCCCAGAUCUGAGUACCAACAUGUGCUACGUAUCGAACUAUUCCGUACCAUUCAACUUCUCUGUUUUGAUGAAUGGCUACUGCUUGGUUUCCCCGUGUGAGAAAUUUUUGUAUUUCUUGGCGCAUGAUGGGAACUUGAAGAAGUUCGACAUGUGGCGGGGGAGAUGCAGUGGGAGCAGGGGCGAAGAGAGGGGCAAAUGGGACAACGGGUUGCAUGCAGAACAUGCCAUCGUAGAUGUGGGUCGCUCACCGAUAAGUGAUGACACAUUACGUACAGGGGAUGACACAUUACGUACAGGGGAUGACACAUUACCUAUAGGGGGUGACACAUUACCUACAGGGGGUGACACAUUACCUAUAGGGGAUGAGCACUCCCCGCUUGACAUGGGUAGCCACCCGCCCUUCAAGCACUACGAAAAGCAUGUCGAGACAGUACUGGAGGAUGUGAGUCCCGCGAAGAUAAACGACUUCGACGUGUGCAUGAAACCCCCUCUAAUCAUCCUAUGCUACGAUGACAAUGUGAUAAAAAUAAUUAACUACAAGAAGAAAGAAGUAGUGAUGUCCAACUCUUUUAAUAAUGAACCGUUGCACUUGUCUAUUCACUGUUCAGGUCAUUUACUUCUUGUAGCCUUUACAGACAAACUGAGAUUGUUCCACAUCCUGUAUAAUAAGCUAAAAAUAAAAAAAGAAUUUUUUUUAAAAAAUUGUUCAUGUUGCAAAUUUUCCAACGGAGGAAGUUUCAUGGCUGUCUCCAAAAUUUCUACAAUUUAUAUAUACAAAACAUACACAUACGAACUGUUGUAUGUUUUAAAGAGUCACGUUAAUUAUAUUACCGACUUGGUGUGGAAUUGCAACGACUUCUCGAUUUUCUCCAUCGGGAAGGAUGGCUACCUAUUUGAAUACUCCCUAUACAAUAAUGGAAACAAGAACAUGGAAGUGAUGCAGAAGGAUAAAAAAUUUUUAAGUAUAGAUUUAGAAAUUUUAAACGAGAAAAAUAAGAAAAAAGAAACAAAGAAAGAGAAUAAUGAUAAUAGUCCGAAUCAAGGGAAAUAUGGAAAUGAAUAUAAAAGUUUUAACAACGUUCGAACAAAUGAAAUGAAAAAUGUUUUCGUUUCUUGUGAUGAUAAAACUAUAAAACAAUUUUGUAAUAGUAAGGUGGAGUGUGUCCUUGAGUCAGAAUAUGUUAUAGAUAAAAUAUUACUUUAUAAAAAUAAAUUUCUCAUCGCCUCAUUUUAUAAUGGUUUUUAUUGCAGAAUACGAUUUUAUCUUCUUCCUCUUUGUGGGUUAUUUUUGGAAAUUCCUUGCCACAUUUUGAACUGUGUUAAUUUGAAACUAGAUGCAAGUGGGGAAUUACUUUUUAGCUGUUCAAGGGAUGGCUCUAUAUACAUUUUCUCGAUAGAAAAAAUGGAUUCUUUUUUUUUGUCUGAAAAUAAUUCUUCCUCCGUAGGGGAGGUUACAAACCCUGCACAGGUUGGAAAUAUGGCUACGGAAUACAUGCAUGAUGAUAAGAACGAUGAGGACAAUUCGAAGAAGGGGCAACACGUAAGGAGUGCCAAUGACACAACUGGUGUGUACAGCGAAGAGUUAUUGUCUAAGGGGAAAUUGCCCACCGCAAGGGACGAUCCGAAAGGACUUGAAGGCUCUUCCAACGAGGUUCUCCCCUAUAAAGGAGCUACCACCGAGGAGAAGAAAUUAGUUCUGUCAGACUUGAGCGCAGAAAUGGGUGAGAACCAAGGGGAGGGUGAUAACAAAAGCGGUCACGGUUUACAUGUACCAAAGAAGAAGAGUAAAAUGAAAAAUAACUUCCUCAUGUACGAUCUGGAAAACCAAACGAACUAUGUGCUGAAGGAGGAAGAAAAAGAGAGCGACGAUAUCCUGAUUGACUUUUACUAUGUACAAAAAAAAAAUAAAGAAUUUUUGGAAUUACAAAAGAAAAUUACAAAUUUGAAAAACCAAAUGGAACUGGAAAUGAAAAAUAGGGAAUCGAUUCACAAGUCGGAGAUGAACAAACUAGAUAAACAAAAAAAUGUAGAAAUAAAAAAUCUUCUAAAGAUAAAUAAAAACAUCAUCAAGGAGAAGGAGAACGUGGAGGAGAUGUGUAAGAAAUCCCUCUACGAGUUGGAGGAAAAGCACACUUACUUUGUGAAUCAGCUAAAUGCACAAUUUUAUUUAACGAACAAAAUAUGUGAGGAAAAAUUUUUGAAAAUUCAGGAGGAGUUUAAUUUAUAUAAGAAGAAAUCGACAGAGGAACUCCUUGACCUGCAAAAGGAGCACCAAAUGAAGGUAACACAAUUGACAGCGCAGAAGCAUGAGGAAGUGAAAAAAAAAAAUGAACUCAUAGAAAACCUGAAGGACAAGUACGAAAAUCUGCAGAACGAAAAAGAAGAAUAUAUAAGAAAGAUCGAGGAAGACGUGGAUGAGGAGAUUCUUCUCAUAUCUCAGAAGUACGAGGAGCAGAUUGGUCAGCUCAAAAAGGACAAGUAUGACUGGUUUGGUAAAUUCAAACUCUAUGAGCACAUAGAGGGAGAGCUAAAGGAGAGCAUUCAGGUGGAGAAGGAGAAGUUCGUCAAGAACAACAUCACUGCGAAGCGGCUACAGGAGAGCAUUGACCACCUGAAGGACGAAGUGACAACGUUGAAAGACAACCUCGCGGAGAAGGACGAGGAAAUCGAGUGCAUGAACAAAAACAUAUCCAAUUUGAACAAAAAAAAUGAAGAACUGGAAAAGCUUAAAAUUGUCCUUUCGCAAAAAAUAAAAGAUUUAGAGUCGAAUUUAGCCCCCAAAAAUUCAGAAAUAAAAAUUAUGAGAGAAAAAAUUGAAGAAAUGUCAAAGUGCUUUGAAAACAAUCACAAAAAAACAGUAAACUUGCAGAUAGAAAUUAAUGAAUACAAAAUGAAGAUAAAAUCUUUGCAUGACGAUUUGCUAUGUAAUAAUAAAACAAUUGGAAACUAUGAAAAAAUUUUGAAAAAUUUACAGGAACAUAUUAAAGAGUGCUAUUUGCACCUUCAUGAUAAGAAAAUAUUUAACGCGUCCUUCCUGAACUUGUAUAAUAAGUUCCAUAAAGUGAACGACGUGAAAAACUACGAUACGAAAAAUGUGUUUUCGGAAUACCUUCGCCAGAAGGAGCAUCUUGAAAAUAUGAUAGACGUGUUGAAGGAGAAAUUGCAGAAGGAAUCGGAGGCGUUCCGCACAGAGAAAAUCAAAAUGAUGAACGAGAAUUCGCUCCUUCUGAAGGAGAUUAACGAUUUGAAGGUGGACUUGAAUUUUCUCAAGGCGGAAUGCCACGACGCCAAACUGGUAAAUCGCAAGAUCCAGUUUCUGCGCAAGUACAAGAAGAAGGGGGGGGUGGAGAGUGCGCCGAAACAAAUUUCCCCGGAGGGGUAA